GAUCUAGCUGGGGCAUGCACCUGGCUAGCAGACGAGAGACCUACAUCGACCUACUGAGGACUCUAUGAACUGUUUCAAUCUCUUGAGAUCCCCAAUACACUUGUCCAUACUGCUCACACCCAUAUUGCCAUACGACCCAGUGCACACUCUACUCGUACGCCUCGCCUCAAUUCACAAAGGUUUCAUGCAACGACCAGUGCAUUCAUUCGUGCAUUCUCCUUUCAAAUAUUCGUUUCGUUGACUGCUAUCCGUUGCCUUCUAUCCGUUGCAUGCACAACAAUUGGUGUAUAGCAAGCAGCAGCUUCAUUCAUUUGGGGCAAGCUGCCUUUUCUUAACGUGAUCUUGAUGCCAAUGAUUAAUUAGCCACGGCAAGACAUCUCUCGUACAAAAUCCAAGGACACCCCCUCCCAGCGACAUAUUUGUACUAACUCCCAGUCUCGGCUUCAGAAAGUCAAUACUGGGUAAUCAUAACUAACACCCGACUUAGUUGCGACCAGACCAGACUCAGUCAGCUCCGCAUCAAACCCCAAUCCCAAAAGCCCCGCCUGAUUCCCGAUUCCUGAUUCCUACUUUGCACAGCAGUUCCUCUUUCAUUUGAUAUUAUUGUUCAUAUUUCCACCAUAUUCAACAAUUCAUAUUACCUGGGUGAAUCAAUCUCGGAUCCUUUCUCGGAGCCUUUCUCGGAUCCUUUCUCAGAGCCUUUCUCGCAACCUUUCGACCUUCCACGGAGCAUCAAUCUCUCGACCUCUCAACCCUCCAUUGUGCGAGUCCUUUGCCAACCGUCAACAACAGCACCCUUUGCAGCCUUCCUAUCACCAUUUUGUUUGUGCGGCUUCAAAACUACAACGUCACACGAUAAUGUCAAGUCAAAUGAGCAUCUAAGGAAUAUUGACGACACUUGAAUAAGGAUAUUUGGAGUCAUAUACAACACCUAAUCAACUAUCUCCGACGAAUCGUCGUCAUAGAUUUGGAGCUUGCCCUUCGACUUUCAAUCCCAGGUCAGUGCGGGGUUGAUAAGAUAAAUGGAUAAUACUAUGGAUAAUUCUAUGGGGGAUGACGAUGUUGAUAUGCCGUAUGCGCCGCCUCUACAAAAUGCGAAUACCUCUCGCUGUCCAAAUAACGAAGCCUCGCGGAAUGGUAUGCAACCGCCCAGUACCCGCUAUCCACCGCUCAUGAAUCCUUGGGCGGGCUACCAAGGAAGCUACCAUAUGCCCUCUGCCAUGGUGUAUCGCACUUCAAAUUAUCCCUCAAGCCCGUAUGGUAAUGCAGCUUCAAAUUUUGCCAGUCCAGGUUAUGCCGCCCACUGGUCCCAGAAUGCGCGUGCUCAAUAUCACGAUCUUGCAGACUCUCAACAUCAAAAUCCAGAGACACCUGGCAGACCCUUCCCUGCCCUCCCUCCUAUGACAGCCCCCCCCGAGUACAACUCUUGGAUGGGACCUUUGCCUCAUAACACUCAAGCUAUGCCAAUGUUCACCAAUGAAAAUUCCACAGCGGACAACAAUAAUACCCCUCAAAGACCGGGGAACAAUGGUGUUCCGGGUCCUUCACAGGAACAAGUUCAACAAAGAAGGCGGGAGCGGGAACGAGAGCUACGACAUCGACAUGCUCCCCAAGGUGCUAUUUCAGAAGCCUUUGGGCCUGCAUCGUCGUACGUUUCUGUUUCCACUGGAAAUUCCGAAUGGGAACGAUCAAGUGCUAGAUCAGGACGUCGUUUGGCUGAUGCUCAACGUAGAGCAGCGUUGGGCCGUGCUAGUCGUACCGGUAGAGAUUCGGAUACCGAUGAAGAAGAAUGGGGAGAAAGUGACCAAGAUGAUGAUCUUAUGGGAGGAUUCGAAGCUGCUCAAAUGCAGAUGUUAGACAAUGCCGCCUUUGCUUCUGCUUUACGCAGUCGUGGCGUUAACCUGAGUCGUGCUCUUGACCCGGGGAAUUAUGGUAAAGGAACGCCAUCCAAAAAGUUUUUGUCUUCACUCCAGAAAAUGAAUACUGAUGCUCUGACGCAAGAAGAACGCAGUUGUUCUAUUUGCUACGAAGAAAUCGGCGUAGCGAAUCCCGAAGGUGUGAUUGAACAGCCGUUACGUAUGCCCAAGUGUAAACAUAUAUUUGGAGAUGUAUGUCUCAAGACAUGGUUCAAGGAGAACGAUAGCUGUCCAUACUGCAGGGAUAAAGUUCCCACCCAAUCUACAAGGAAGGUGAUUGAGCAGCUUGUACGGCAGCAAAUGCGAAGUCGCCAUAAUAUAACUGCCCGUUCCGCUGAAUCAGGCCUCGUCAAUUCAGGCGCACUUGAUCCACAGGACUAUCACACACCAGUCUGGCAAGCGACCGAUACUACGCCAAACCGACGUCACGUUGCCCGAGGAAGAAUGGCCGGGUCUGGGACAGCACCAGCACCUUCAGUAAGGCGUCCCAGUUCAUUGAGUUCUAACAGACUCUACAUCCCCACUUCACAGCUGCAAAAUGAAGUCAAUCCCUUUCACACGCAUUCGCGGCAUAAUUCGAACUCGGAGGAAGGCUCACCCGGAACCAUGGGUGGAUCGAUCACGAACAACGGACAACGGCAGCCCGCACCUCCUCCAGCCAACUCGUUGGGACCCUCGGCAAAUUCGACGGGUUAUAUGUUUCCAACAAACUUGCCCCCGGGAUCGUCUGCAGUGUCAAAUACUUUUAUGCCUCCACCCACUCCCUCUUAUUCCCAACACAGACCGAUUGGGUUUGGAUCUAUGGGAAGUACAGCAUUUGAUCUACCUGAACGCCUGAACCCAGCCCACCUCCACAAUUACAUAUCUUCAGUUUACCAACAAGAAGAUUCUGUUGCCUUUCAAAGCCAGCAGCUGGCUCACGGCUUUGGGUUUCAAUCCCAACAACACGCUCAGCAGUAUCAGCAGAACCACCAAGUUGAGCAACAACUUCAGCAGCACCAGCAAAAUCGGCAACGGGAACAUGAGCAGCAGAGACAGAGAGGAAGUAGAGAUGCUGAGCCGUAUUCCACUCCAAAUGGGGACAUGGGAGACUUUUGAAGAGCACAUCGGCCAAACCAAAAAUUUAUGGAUGCAUCUCAAAAUUGCAAGCAUAACUCACUCUCUACUUACUCUUUCCGUCAACUUUCCUUUUUCCUUUUUCCUUUUUUAAAACACUCAUGCACACAUAAGAGUCAUUUGGGCUAUUUGGACCUGGCAGGAAAGGCAUACUGGCGUAGAUAGGAGUUCUAGGUUCGUAUACCAACUUUAAAUGGGGAGACUACUUGUGUGUUAGUGGCUUCAUGAAUCUUCUUUCCUGCCCCCCCCCCCAAAGAAUUGGUUGAGAUUGUAGCAAUGAUGAUGGUGGUGGUGGGUGUUGGCACCGAUUAUGAUCUUCCUGGGCAGCCCAGCGUUAAAUAAACAUACAUAAUCAGCGAAUAGAGAAUAUUUGGAUAAAAACUUUUGUGGUUGUGCUCUACAGAAAAAAAUGUUUGAAUGGCCGCUUUGACUUCCCAAAUUUUCAAUACGCACAUUAGAACCAAGAGAAAUAGGAAAAUUAGCAAGAACUAUUUUGACUUGAUUACAUAUAAUAUGAUAUUGAUUAGAGAGGGCA